AUGAUUUUAAAUGAUCCACAACAUAUAUUUAAAAGACAUAUUGGUUCAGCACGUGAAAAUUUUUUUCGUGCUAAACAAUUUAAAACCAAUAAUGAAAAUUUAUUCCAACGACAACAACAAGCACUUCCAUCACCUGAUGUUUUACGUGAGCUUUGGACAGAAUUGUUUAAGGAACAACGUAAAAUUCACGAACCAUUAGAUACUAAAGCUUAA